AUGGACGAUUCGGCUCAGACUCCUGCACAGCAACAAAAGCGCCCUCGGGUGGCUGAAGAGAAUCGCAAACGAGCUGUCCGAGCAUGCGAUGGUUGCCGCAGGGUGAAAGAGAAAUGUGAAGGCGGGGUGCCAUGUCGCCGGUGCCUUCGCUAUCGCCGACAGUGCAAUUUCACCCAUAUCGACCCCAGCGAAAAAACCCGGUCGACUUCGCUCUCGUUGUUGGAUAGGGCUGCUUCGCUGAGUCGGCAUGAGAUCCAAGAAGCAGAGCGCGUACGCUAUAUGGAACGCCUCUUGUCCUAUUAUAUUCCGGACAUCAAGUUCGAUAUCCAGUCAUUACGCCAGGCUGCCGACGAGUUGAAAAGCAAACACCGGGACUCAGAGUCGGAUGCCGUGUCAACCAAAGAAGAUACCAACGAUUUAGAGGAUUUAGCCAUUGAUGAGGAAGAUUUCACAAUCAAGGCUCUACCAGACAACACCACACAAUAUUCUGGAGAGUUCUCCUACCUCAAUUUCUCUAUGAAGAUUCGCAAGAAGAUUGACGAGUGGAUGAAAACAACUGCACCAGAGGCCUCGACCGAGGUGGAGCCGUUUGAAGAGCGAUGGCGAGCUACGCAACUCCAGUCUGGGUCUUCAUUGGUUUCGGCAUCGAUCACCUGCCUUCCUCCACGUUAUGUGGCCGACUUUCUUGUCCAGAUAUUUUUCAAAUAUGCACAGACCAACAACUUCUACGUUGAAGAGGACUGGCUCCGUGAGAAACUCAAUAUCUGUUAUACCAACCCAUCCAGUCUAUCCCCGGAUGAUGCAGGCGCUGUCUGCGCUAUCUUGAUGGUCCUGGCCGUGGGCACCCAGUUUGCCCACAUGGAAUCAACAACGCCAGUGAAUUGCUUACCACAUGACUCUACAGCCAAUCAAGACCAUUUCUCGGAGGAUGAGGUUGGCUUGACUUUUUAUCAAUUUGCUUCGAAGUUACUUCCGGAUAUCAUCGCUACCGCAUCGGUUCGGAGUGUGCAAGCCUGCCUGUUGAUCGGAACGUACUUACUUCCUCUUGACACGUCGGGUCUAUGCUAUACAUACUUCGGCUUAGCGCUGAAGCUUGCGAUUCAAAAUGGAAUGCACCGGCGAUAUCAUGGCGAAGGCCUUUCACCUCGAAUGGUGGAAACUCGAAAUCGAGUUUUCUGGACCGCCUAUACGAUUGAGAAACGCAUCAGUAUCCUUCAUGGUAGACCAGCAUCGUUAUCGGACGCUGAUGUUGACGCUCCCCUUCCAGUCGACUUCCCAGAUAUAAUGCCGGCAUCACAACCAUCUAACCACACGAAUAUGGUGGCGUUGAUCACAUUGACUUUAAAAUUGGGAGAAGUUUCAAACGAUAUUACCUCGCUCCGAACUUGUCGGAAAGGUCAACAACAGGACUGCCUUGAACGACUGCUCAGCAUUCGUAAGCACUUGCUGGAAUGGUGGUCGACUCUCCCAGAAGAAACAAAUUGUCGGGACCUCAACCCACAAGGACCACUAUUUCGCUCUAAUGUCCACCUUAAGCUUGACUACUGUCUGACUCGCAUUUUCAUCGGGCGGCCAUUCCUUUUCAGCAGCCUGAGGGGCAUUCACCAGAACUCCUCGCAUCCCAACGCUUUCAAAGGCCCAUCGGGAGUCUCCAAGAAUCGGACAACCCUAGUUACAGAUUGUGUCGAGGCAGCCCUUGAAAUCAUUGACCUCUGUCGCCUUCUCAGAGACGAGACAGGCCUUGCACGUGCAUCGUUCACUGAGUUCAGCUCGUGUCGUGCGGCCUUGCUGGUGAUUCUUGCGCAAGGCUUGACCAAACGAACCGAACGUCUUGGGGCAGCUCUUGAGCAAGGAAUUUCUCUUAUCAAAAUUAUGUCGAUGGGUGUUGGUUCUGCUCGCUCAGCUGUCAGUGUCAUCGAAGCCCUCGAGCGCGCCAUUCGCCGCCUGGAGGCCUGGAGUGAAACCCAACAAGCCCAUAAUAAUGGUGGUAGUAUUGAAUCCGCUUACGACCGUUUCAAAAACUGGGAAAUGCUUUGGAAAACCGGGCCCGUGUCGCCAUCCACGAUGGCUUGGAAGCAACAAGAAGCCUAUGCCAAUGACCCAGGUAUCCAGCAAGGCGUGGGUUCCAAUAUCACAGACCCAUCUACUAUGAAAACCGUUGUUCCUGGAUUACCUAUAACUCCGCCAGUCAUGUCAGCAGGUGCAAACGGAUCGGGAUCUGCAGUUGAAGGGCCCAGUCAGGAGAUUCUAGAAGGCGAUGGCCCUAGCAGUGGUCUCUCUGCCUCGGACAACUUUUCCAUUUCACACCAGUCUCUAUCUCAAAUGCCUCACUUUGGCUUUGAUCAUUUUGUAUCAAACUUCCCCCAGGAAUUGGGCGAGUUCACUGCGAUUCCUUGCUUUGAGCCGGAUAAUCAGGGUCAUCCUUCGGGCAUGGUUGGUACCGAGAUGAAGACUCCAGGUAGCACGGAUUCUCAAUGGUUGCAGUUCAUGAAUGAGUAG